CGACAGAAGGCGUUGUUAAUAAUAUUCUGUGGCCUGGCACUAAAUAAAACGGUGCUCGUUUAGACAGAUGUAAUAAGGCACGAGAUUAAAAGCGAGGUGUUGUGAUUGUACGGUUUUACUUUCAAACAAGCCUUAACUGGAAGAAAAAUGUCGGGGAUUUAAAUUCGCCUGGAUUCUAUACAGAUCAUGCCGAAUUGUCUGUGAAAUAUAAGCUAAAAAUAUUGUUUAUCUCAACCGACUCUGUAUCAGGAACCGACUCCCUGGAUAAUUAUAAUACAGCCGGUUUAUUUUAGGACAUUUAGGUGAUAUUGUUGUGUUGUAUCACUGCUGUAACGGUGCAGGAGAAGCGAUAAGAAGUGAAGUGGGAUGGACAAUGCCCAUACUAAGACGGUUGAGGAGGUGUUGGGGUUCUUUGGGGUGAACGAGUCCACAGGUUUGAGCAGUGAGCAUUUGAGGAAGAAUCGUGAGCGAUGGGGUCCCAACGAAUUACCAGCAGAAGAAGGGAAGUCUCUGUGGGAACUGGUGCUGGAGCAAUUCGAAGAUCUGCUUGUGCGGAUUCUGCUACUCGCAGCCUGCAUUUCCUUUACCCUGGCCUGGUUUGAAGAAGGAGAGGGCACCAUCACUGCUUUUGUAGAGCCUUUUGUAAUUCUCCUUAUCCUUAUCGCCAAUGCCAUAGUGGGCGUGUGGCAGGAGCGCAAUGCAGAAAAUGCCAUUGAAGCACUGAAAGAAUAUGAACCAGAAAUGGGGAAGGUGUAUAGACAGGACAAGAAGAGCGUACAGAGAGUUCGUGCCAGAGAUAUUGUGCCUGGUGAUAUUGUAGAAGUGGCGGUGGGUGAUAAGGUUCCAGCGGACAUCAGACUGACCUCCAUUCGUUCCACGACUCUGAGAGUGGACCAGUCCAUUUUGACAGGGGAGUCUGUCUCAGUGCUCAAACACACAGACCCUGUCCCUGAUCCACGUGCUGUAAACCAGGACAAGAAGAACAUGCUUUUUUCAGGAACGAACAUUGCAGCAGGAAGAGCAAUAGGUGUCGUUGUGGCAACCGGAGUCCAGACAGAAAUCGGUAAAAUCAGGGACGAGAUGGCAGCCACAGAUCCUGAAAGGACUCCUUUACAGCAAAAACUAGACCAGUUCGGGGAGCAACUCUCAAAGGUGAUCACAGUGAUCUGUGUGGCAGUAUGGGGCAUUAACAUUGGACACUUCAAUGAUCCUGUACAUGGUGGCAGCUGGCUCAGAGGAGCUGUGUAUUAUUUCAAGAUUGCCGUGGCUUUGGCAGUAGCUGCAAUCCCAGAGGGUCUUCCUGCUGUCAUCACCACCUGCUUGGCUUUGGGCACACGUCGGAUGGCAAGGAAGAACGCCAUCGUACGCUCACUACCGUCUGUAGAGACACUGGGCUGCACAUCAGUCAUCUGCUCUGACAAAACUGGCACUCUCACCACCAAUCAGAUGUCCGUCUGCAGGAUGUUUGUCGUGGAGAAGGUCAAAGACGAGAGGUGCGUUUUGAAUGAGUUUUCAGUGACUGGAUCCACUUAUGCACCUGAAGGAGAAGUAUAUAGGAAUGAUGCAGUGGUGCGCUGUAGUCAGUAUGAUGCCCUGGUGGAAAUGGCCACUAUCUGUGCCCUGUGUAAUGAUUCUUCUCUGGAUUAUAAUGAGAGUAAAGGUGUGUAUGAGAAGGUGGGGGAAGCUACUGAGACCGCCUUGUGCUGUCUAGUGGAGAAGAUGAAUGUGUUUGACACAGAUCUGAGGAGUCUCAUUCCUGUAGAGAGAGCUACUGCGUGCUGUUCGGUGAUUAAGCAGUUAAUGAGGAAAGAUCUGACUCUUGAGUUUUCUCGAGACAGGAAGUCCAUGUCUGUCUUCUGCUCACCUAACAAACUGGCUCGCUCUGCCACAGGAGCUAAGAUGUUUGUCAAGGGAGCACCAGAGAACGUUCUGGAGCGUUGCCGUUGGAUCCGGGUUGGUGGUGGGGCACGGAUACCCAUGACCUCUAACCUUAGAGAACACCUCUUGGGCACAGUAAGAGAAUGGAGUUCAGGUCGUGACACCCUGCGCUGCCUUGCCAUGGCAACUAGAGACUCCCCACCUGACCCACGAACACUGAACCUGGAAAACUCUUCUGCUUUCUCUGAGUAUGAGUCGGAGUUGACGUUUGUGGGCUGUGUGGGGAUGUUGGACCCACCAAGAAAGGAAGUACUCAAUGCUGUGCGCAUGUGCAGGCAGGCUGGUAUACGUGUCAUCAUGAUUACUGGUGACAAUAAAGGCACGGCACUGUCAAUCUGCAGACGUGUUGGGAUCAUCACAGAGCAGGAGGAAGAGGAGGCAGAAGGUACGCCCUUUGGUGGAGGACUGACCGGGCGAGAAUUUGAUGAGCUGCCGCCCCACCUGCAGCGCCAAGCCUGCCGCACCACCCGCUGCUUUGCCCGUGUUGAACCCACCCACAAGAGCCGCAUUGUAGAGUACCUCCAGAGCCUCAGCGAUAUUACAGCUAUGACCGGUGAUGGGGUGAACGAUGCUCCUGCUCUGAAGAAGGCUGAGAUUGGGAUAGCGAUGGGCUCAGGGACGGCGGUGGCUAAAUCAGCCUCUGAGAUGAUCCUAGCUGAUGAUAACUUCUCCACCAUAGUGGCUGCAGUGGAAGAGGGUCGUGCCAUCUAUAACAACAUGAAGCAGUUUAUACGCUACCUCAUUUCCUCUAACAUUGGAGAGGUGGUGUGUAUUUUUCUGACUGCUGCUCUGGGCAUGCCUGAGGCUCUCAUCCCAGUUCAGUUGCUAUGGGUGAAUCUGGUGACGGACGGCUUCCCUGCCACUGCGCUCGGCUUCAAUCCCCCAGACCUGGAUAUUAUGUCACGACCACCACGUUCUCCCAAAGAGCCCCUCAUCUCUGGCUGGCUUUUCUGCAGAUACCUUAUCAUUGGCUGUUAUGUGGGAGUAGCUACAGUUGGUGCUGCGGCUUGGUGGUUCAUGGCAGCACAUGAUGGCCCGAAACUUUCCUUUUAUCAACUGUCUCACUACAUGCAGUGCAGUGAGGGGCAUGCAGACUUUGCAGGAGUUCAGUGCUCUGUAUUUGAGUCACCAUAUCCGAUGACUAUGGCUCUGUCAGUGCUGGUCACCAUAGAGAUGUGCAAUGCCCUCAACAGCCUGUCUGAAAACCAGUCUCUCCUGAAGAUGCCUCCCUGGUCAAACCCCUGGCUUGUAGGUGCUAUCUGCCUCUCCAUGGCCCUACAUUUCCUCAUCCUCUAUGUGGAUCCACUGCCCAUGAUUUUUCAGAUCCGACCUCUGUCCUGGCCACAGUGGGUUACUGUUCUGAAGAUGUCCCUGCCGGUCAUCCUUAUGGACGAAGCACUAAAAUUCUUGGCUAGGAACUACAUUGAACCAGGCAAUGAUCUCGAACAAGAGGAAGAGGAGAGACUGCACCAGGGCCAGGGUGGCAGCGGGGUAUUCGCAAGCCUGGCUGUCAAAAUACAACAAGGUCUGAAGGGUGUCUCCUGGGCAUUUGUCUUCAUCUCCGCUCCCCUUUUGUUUUGGAUCUACAGCCUGGACUCAGAUAUUACAAACAUCUUCUGGGAAUAGGUAGGGUGGAAAAUGUGGGAACUAUACGUUAGAAAUUUUUACUGGGAGAGUGGGAGGAUGGCUCAAAAUAAGGGGAAGGGGGUGUAAGUAACAGAACCAAAAAAGGAAUAAAGUGAAUAUAUACGCAAAAAAAAGAUGAGAAGGAGGCAUUUUGAGCAUGGACAAUCAGAAUUAGUGGGAAGAUGAGAACAAAAACCAGGCAUUUGUCAUAUUCAGUCCAGACCCAUUUUUGUGUGAUUUUGUGUGUGUUUUUGUACACGUUAUCUUUAGCUCCUUUUCUCAUGCUUAAUUUGUAAUCUUUUGAUGGAAUUUAAAAUAUCUUCACACAGCUAUACAUUAUUUCAGGUUUAACAGAAUUAUUUUCAAAUCACUAUUUUAAAUUAUUUGUUAUUUCAACAAGUCCUGCAUACAGUACCCCUUUUGUAGGCAAUACAGAACAUUCACAUCCAUGAGCGAUUCAAAGGUGAACAAUACAUCUUCACAGGUACUGUAUUUUUCUUAUAGCAUUCCUUAUGUUCUUUUUAAACAUAUGUUUAGAAUAGAUAUAAACAGCCACCUCCAUGGUAAGAGAUUUUUUUUUGUUGUCUGUAAGGAUAAGGAAAAAAUAGUGACAUAAGUAGGAGAGAAGAUCAAGUUGGUCAGAAGCUCAAAACAAACUAAAUUUGAGCUGACUGCAUGUAAUGUGAAAAGUGUAUCAACAAGUCUGGAGUGUAGGAUUUUUAUUUAUUUAUUUUAUGUUUUUUUAGAACCAUUCCUGCAAAUCAUUAAAAAGGGAAAUUUACCGUACUGAGCUUCAUUCAAUAAAAAACCAAAAGUGACACUUUGGAGACACUCUGAACAGUCAAUCCCACUUCCUGCCUUUAUCAUUCAUGUAUGCGUCAUCAGGCAGAACAGACCAGAAAACUUGCUCCAAGGUUGGGAUGACAAUAUUUCUCAUGAAUUCCCUGCUCUUCUAAUGCAUGUUUAAGGAAAAUAAGGUUCACAUUGUGUAUUUUAUUUUUUAAACAUGUCUUUAUUAAUUAUGUCUGUAGUAAUAAGAUUUCUGCAGAUGACUUACACUGUCACAGUUAAGUAAGGAAUAGCUGUAAAGCUCGAGGUUAUUCCUGAAGUCUGCAGAGUCAGGAAUAAAAUAAAAUAGUAAAAAGUGUUGAGAAGAUCAAUUGAGUCAUACAUGUUAUUGCACCACUAUGUAUGUAAUCUCAUCAUCAUAAGAGAGAGGUCUACAUUGCAGUUGUUAUCAUAACUAACAUUUCAUCACAUUUAUGUUGAAAGUAUUUUUUGUGUACUAUUGUCAGGAAAAGAAAAGGCUGUGACUGCAAAAUGAGAAAAGACAGAGGAAGUGUGUUCUAUUUUUGCCCAUUAUUAGCCCAUCCCACUUCAUCCAGGGUUUAAUUUAAAUUUAGUUACAUUUGCAUUUUGUCUACUUUAUCAUGAAAAUUCAAUAAAACAACCAGACAGAAUAUUUAUAUAGAAACCAUUUUUAUUUCGCAUUGUUCUAUGUUUAUUUUAAAAAAUGUUUUUCACAAAAUUGCUUUUUCUUGUUUUGUGCUAUUAAUUUAAUUGGUACCAUUGUCAUAACUUUUCAUUGAUGGAAAAAUGCUCAGUGGAAUGGGAAUAAACAGUUCAUUUAAAGUCA